GUCUCGCCCAUUUUCUGCUUCUGCUUCAGGUCAAGCGAACCCCAUCUGCUAAUUUUCCCGAGAAAGUGGUUUUCCUGGGAAAAUUGCGCCAUGGACAGGCUUGUGAAAGCAGAUGUGAAGGAAUUAGAGCUGGAUUUCAAGAGAGGCCAAAACUGCACAAAAACUUUCCGUUUGAGCAACCUAAUGCAUACCAUGUCGGUGGCGGUGUCUUUAACCAGCACAAACCCGUCUCUGUUUUCUUUCAAUCAAGCUUUUUCUAUAAUUCCUGCGCUGUCGUCGGCGUCGUAUACUGUUAUCCUUUCUGAGCCGUCUGAUCGGCCUCCUCUAACCACCCCUCCGGAUGUCAUCACCGUCAAAUCGUCCGUUCUCCCCACCGGUAAAGCCAGUCAGGAUGAUCUCCGCCUUUUGUUUUCCAAGCCGGGUCGAUACAUAUUCAGGGACGCUUCUAUCACCCUCUCCUUCGUGGGUCCUCAUGUCGUUGAACAUCUCAUCUCUCACAAUACCCAGAUCAGAGAAAUUGACUCGUUCUUGAACAAAGCGGUUUCCGGAUGUAAUGGAUCUCAGCUAACAGCGCUGAUGAAAAAGGCGGUCGUUUCGGGUAAAUUGAAUUUGGUUGGUGCGUUGAUUGAUCACGGCGGCGAUGUGAAUGUGAGGGAUUCCGACGGUCGGUCGAUGAUCUCCGUCGCAGUCCAAGCAGGCAAUAUUGAUGUUGUAAAAACGUUGAUUGCAUCUAGGUGUUCGAUUGAUAAUUCAAUCGACCAAGUAUUGCAUCUCGCGGCGGCGAUAAACAGAGCGGACUUGAUGGUGGUCCUGUGUGCUAAUUAUAAGAAUCUGGAUGUGAAUUCCGUUGAUUCAUCCGGUAGAACUCCGAUUCAUAUAGCUGCGAGUUGCGGAUUCAGGGGAGUAAUUCGAUUUUCUUUAUCAAUCGGAGGGAACCCCGAAAUUCAAGAUAACGAUGGAUGCACUCCCCUUCAUUUGGCCGCAGAGAAAGGGCAUUUGGACGCCGUCGAGUGUUUGCUGGAGGCUUCAACGUAUUCCAAAUACGCUCUGAACAAACAGGGGAAGACCGCUUUUGCACUCGCCAUUGAUAACGAGCACUCGGGUCUCUACGAUCUACUGCAUCUCGGUGACGUUCUAAACAGAGCAGCGAGGAUCGAUGACUUGAACGGAAUAAAGGGUUGCUUAGCGAAAGGGGUGAAGGUGAACGGAAGGGAUCAGAACGGAUGGACUCCGCUGCACAGGGCGGCGUUCAAGGGGCGGAUUGAAAGCGUCAAGGUUUUGCUAAGUCACGGGGCUCACGUGGAUGUUGUGGACUAUAAUGGGUACACGCCGCUACAUUGCGCUGUGGAGGCAGGGCAUAUGCAGGUGGCGCUGUUGUUGAUUGCUCAUGGAGCUAAAGCCAAUGUGAAGAGUCUGAAGGCUGUUGCUCCUUCGAAUUUUAAUCGGUUUAAGAAUCAUCUUCAGGAUUCAUGUAAUGAGAAGGAAAAUGGUUUGACUUGAACUUCGCUGAUUGGAGUAGUUUGAACUUUGAAGCCUAUACAUAGUUCCUGUUGUUCAAAAAG